AUGAUUGUAAUUCUGCUGAUGUCUAUGUCCGUGGUGGUCCACAGUAUAGGUGGCCAAGAGCUGGAGCCUCCAGCGUUCCUGCCAGAGCUUCUUAACACGCCUGAGAGAAUCUUGAACAAUGCCACACUCUUCAACGGAGUCUUUCAAAAUGUGGAAAGUGUUGCGUUAUUUUUUGACUGCCUGGGUUCUCACUUCACCUGGUUACAGUCCAUCUUCACCAACUUCCCUGCCCUUCUCAACUUUGUGAACAAGAUGAAGUGUGUUACUGGGUUCUGCCCCAGGGAUUUUGAAGACUAUGGUUGCUCUUGCAGGUUUGAGAUGGAAGGGCUCCCCGUGGAUGAGGCUGAUGAAUGCUGCUUCCAGCACCGCAAAUGCUACGAGGAAGCACUGGAGAUGGAGUGCACGUGGGACCCAUCAAAGAUUUCUACAGAUGUCAGCUGCUCUACUGAAAACCUGACCUGUGAGUCUGGGGAUCCCUGUGAACAGUUCCUCUGCACCUGUGACAAAGAUGCCAUUGAAUGCCUUGUGAAUGCACAUAUUAACUCUUCCCUGAAUGGGCUGGAUGUUUCCUUCUGUCCAUCUCCAGUUACAGAAACAAUCAGCAAGAGAGAGCAGACAACACGUCAUACAGAGGAGCUCCUUCAUCGUGGGACUGAUGGAACACGGGCAGUGACUGCCUCUGUGGAAGAAGCAGUGAUUUCUUUUGAGCCCAGUGAAAUGAUCUUGGUGACUCCCAAAGCCAGAGGUAAGAGUCUGAUUAAACUUUUAUUGAAAAAUUUGGCAGUCUUGACUCCAGAAGAUGGAUUUAUGGCAGCUGUGGUCCCAGUGGAAGAGAUAACCACCUCCCCAGCCUCAUUCCCAGGAGAUAUUUACUCAGUGCAAGUCAAAAUUGUCCCCACUGAGACUUCCACGGGCACAUCUGCAAGGACAAAAGAGAAAGAGACAAGUCCUGCAAGGGGUGCCCCAACCAUGGCUUCCUCUGCAAUAGCUCUGGAACUGGGACUGUCUGACAGGGGACCCGAUGAACCUGCAGGAAAAGCGUGUGAGCGAUUAACCUUCCUGCAAGAGAGAGGAAGUGGAAGAGCGAAGAGGGAGCUGCCCCAGCUUGGAGAAAUGCUGUUCUGCUUAACUGAGCGGUGCCCAGAGGAGUUUGAGUCUUAUGGUUGCUACUGUGGCCAAGAGGGAAGGGGCCAUCCCACCGAUGCACUGGACAGAUGCUGCUUCUCUCAUCACUGUUGUAUGGAACAAGUUAAGAAACUGGGAUGUCAUGCAGAAAGAAGUUCGAGAUCUGAAGUUUUAUGUAUUGAUCAUAUGCCAAAAUGCGUUGGCUGGAGCAUAUGUGAGAAACUCCUCUGUGCCUGCGACACGGCGGCAGCCGAGUGCAUGGGCUCUGCCUUCUUCAACGAGAGCCUGAAGCUCCCACAUGGGCAGCAGUGCCGAGAGGAGAAACCCUCCUGUCAAAGUGACCCUUAUGAAAAGCCCCCAGGAGGCACAGGAACAGGCACAGGCGUUUCCAGCUCCGAGGAGAGCAGUGAAGAGGAAGGUCCACUGAGGAGGCAGUCAAGAAGGGCAAAGAGGGGGACACGCCGUUCCGUUGGGAACUCCAGAACUGUGGGACGUGGAGGCAGAUAACCGGCCACCUUCAUGGGCUUGGGAAGCAGCACGGAGCCUUUUGCAGUCAGCCACCAUGUACCUUACUCCUCCUUAGGCUGCCUUACACAGCACACAGAUGAUGUAACCAUAGACUAGGUAUUAGAAUUAGGCUGUAUUAACUCAUUACUGUAGGGAGGUCAUC